AUGACGAUUCCGAUUGUCAUUACCGAUCGCAACCGCUUUCGCGUCUCCGUUGGCGGUUGUCCUCUUGAUUCUCAGUAUGCAGAUCUUUACCUGUCACGGCUCAAAUUGUCUCACAGUCGUCUUGAGAAUCAGGCACGUUGUCAGUGGCCGCAACUACCCAUUCGAUCAGUUCCGGAUGUUAAGAUUGAUGAGGAGUGCGUCAUCAUUGGUACCAUAUAUCGAGUAAGUUGGAAAAGUUGGUGGCGCUGUAUUCUGUUUUGA